AUGUUUCGCGGCGGCGCAAGUAUGCGACAGUGUCGCCAGAUCCAACGGUCGACCAACUGCUCUCACGAUAUACUGUUCCGCAGAAAGGAGCAUCUUGAGAAGCUGAGACCGAAUUUAAUCGUGAGGCGCGAGCCGUCGAGGUUCUGUUCGCCUCGUACUACCCUGCCACUAGGGCUCCUGAGGACGAUAUCAAGCUCCGUCGCUGGUUCUCCACGGCCUAAACCAAGCACGCAGUCUACCCGCAAACCAAAUAGACUUCUUUCCACUUGGGAAGACCGGAGAUACUUCUCCGCCCCUACAGUCCGUCUACUGUCUGACAACGACGCAAACAAGAAUGAAGAUACCACUCGAUCUGACAUCUCCGCCAACACCCCGACGCCAACAUCACCAUCCACAACGCACAACCCAAGUCCACCCGCAAAGUUCUGGAGCCACCAGAUGUACAAGCGCCCCGACGGCGGCGACAUCACGGUGCACUACUGCCGAUCGGUCAAAAGCGCCGAAGACGUGGCCCAGCACUUCCUGCACGACGACAUCCUCGGCUUCGAUCUGGAAUGGAAAGCCCAGGCCUCGACGCAGGACAGCAUCCAGAACAACGUGUCGCUGGUGCAGCUCGCGAACCGCGAGCGCAUCGCGCUCUUUCACAUCGCCAUGUUCCGGCCCGCGCUCGGUCUCGCAGACUUGGUGGCGCCCUCGCUGCGCGCAAUCCUCGAGUCUCCCCGCAUUACCAAGGUCGGGGUGUCCAUCAAGGCGGACUCGACGCGCGUACGCAAGUACCUGGGCAUCAACACGCGCGCCAUCUUCGAGCUCAGCCACCUGCACAAACUGGUGAAGUACUGCUAUUCGAACCCCCGGUUGAUCAAUAAACGCCUCGUCAACUUGAGCGAGCAGGUCGAGGAGCACUUUGGCCUGCCGCUGGCGAAGGAGGAUGAAGUUCGACGUGGUGAUUGGACGCAUGCGUUGAAUUACCGCCAGGUUCAGUAUGCGGCUUCCGACCCGUAUGCCUGCCUUUGUCUAUUCUAUGCCAUGGAUGCCAAACGGAAGGCGUUGGAUCCUGUCCCUCCGUUGCCUGCGCAUGCGGAGCUCGACAUACCAAUCCGCAUUGUGCAUGACGCACCGGUGCAAACAGAUCCGGACGAGGUCGAAGUGGUACGACCGGCUGGGAGUCCGGUGGCUAAGACGAUAUCGUAA